AUGGGGCAGUGCUUUAGUCGAUGCUUUGGUCACAAUGGUGACGCGGACGUGGAGGAGACGCUGCUGGUUGAUGAUGACCUGCUCGAUGUCACUCCGCAAGCAUCAAGAGGAAGGGAGCAAGAAAUUCACCAGCGGGAAAGCACGCCCGCAGAGGAAGCAGCGGCGAGGAAGAAGGCAGAGGAGGAGGCGGCAGCAAGGGAGAAGGCCAAGCAGGAGGAGGCGAAGAAGAAGGCGGAGGAGGAGGCAGCGGCGAGGAAGAAGGCAGAGGAGGAGGCGGUAGCAAGGGAGAAGGCCAAACAGGAAGAGGCGAAGAAGAAGGCAGAGGAGGAGGCAGCGGCAAGGAAGAAGGCAGAGGAGGAGGCGGCAGCAAGGGAGAAGGCCAAGCAGGAGGAGGCGAAGAAGAAGGCGGAGGAGGAGGCAGCGGCAAGGAAGAAGGCAGAGGAGGAGGCGGUAGCAAGGGAGAAGGCCAAGCAGGAGGAGGCGAAGAAGAAGGCGGAGGAGGAGGCAGCGGCGAGGAAGAAGGCAGAGGAGGAGGCGGCAGCAAGGGAGAAGGCCAAGCAGGCGGAGGCGAAGAAGAAGGCGGAGGAGGAGGCAGCGGCGAGGAAGAAGGCAGAGGAGGAGGCGGCAGCAAGGGAGAAGGCCAAGCAGGAGGAGGCGAAGAAGAAGGCGGAGGAGGAGGCAGCGGCGAGGAAGAAGGCAGAGGAGGAGGAGGCAGCAAAGAAGUCAGGCGAGGCAGGGCUUCAAAGUAUGGGAGCAGUGGAGUCUGCAGAGCCUGUCGAAUCUGAUCAGAAAGGUGAAGGUGCUGGUACUGCGGGGGAAGGAGCUUCUCAAAGCGGUCAGAGAGGACGAGGGCAGGGCGGGUCACGUGGAGGAGGCAAGAGAAGGGGAGGAAAGAAGAAGUAGAGGAGUAAUCGAACCCUUGGUGGUCCUCGUGCGAGAGCUCAUGCAAGGCUAGAGGAAUGAAAGCACAGCAACUUCCAAAAGGCACAGCAACUUCAACUUUUGGUUUAAAUCUUCAAAGUUGG